AUGUCGCGUUACCAUGAUAGCCGUUCUCGCGGGCGGUCGAGUCACCAUCGAGACGGUUCUCCCGGCUACACAUACUCGGGAGGAGACUACCCAAUAUCCUAUGAAGAAAGCCGACAACUUGCAAACACGACGAACCCUACGUAUGAUGAGUCGCCGCCUCCAAAACAGUUAACCUAUGAACCGUACACGUCUCAGUCGUCAUCGAGCUUACAAAUACCCGAAUCGCGCUCGCGACCUAGAUCUCUCCCCUCAGGUGAAUAUCGGAGAUCAAGCCGCGGAAGGAGAAAGGAAAGAAGUCACGACAGAGACAGUGAUAGUGAAUACUCUGAUGACAGCCGGACGCGGACUCCGGUCGACAAGGCACGGAACUUUGUCGAUAACAACUUUUCCAACUCCACUGCGGGUCUUGGAAUUGGUGUACUUGGCGCAUUAGUAGGUGGCUUAGCGGCUAGGGAAGCAGUCGAUGCCACGCACAAGAACAAUGGCCACCACCAUCACGAAACUCCUGAACAGAAGCGCAAGCAACUCAUCGGCACGAUGGUCGGUGCAGCUGUAGGUGCGCUCGGCGCAAAUGCUGUCGAGAAGCGGCUUGAAGUACGGCGUGAAAGGGACAGACUCGAGCAAGAGGAAUGGGAGCGCAAAUACAGACCGGAUCGCGACGUCAUUGAGAAGCGUGAAGUUAUCGCUCGCCCACGCGAUAGUAGCGGCUCUAGCUGGAGGAGGGAUUGGGAUGAACGCGACUACGGUCGUUCUCGAAGCCGCGGCCUCGAGCGCGAGGUCGACCCAGAGGCCCGCAGCUGGAAAAAUGUCGAAGAUUGGCUAAACGACGAACGGAUCGAUAAUAGGUCGAACGGACGCAGAAGCGCGGACGGCGAGUAUCGCUACUGA